CCGAACUUGGUUACCCUACUGCAUGAUUUAUAAAUUAACCAAAGCGUGGCGUGGCCAUCAAAUAUUUGAAGGUCUCUGACUCUCGCGCCAAAACACGCACAUACACACACGCUAGAAUCAAUAAAUGGUUGUGGUGCUGGCUCCUCCGGGGCUAUUGAGCGCUGCCAAGUUGGGCAGCGGUCUCGCCCAAGCCAUUCCUCUUGGCGCGGUCACGCCUGCCGGGUGCGCGGCCUCGACAGCUGCCUACUCCGCAUCUUCACAACUGGUUGACGAAUGCUGCGCGUUUCGGAGCUCGGCUGGCGUGAGUGGUUCAGGCCGGGGAGCUCUCGUUGUCAUCGCUCGCGGAGGGACCCACGCACCCCCUCGCUCCGGCACCAAGGCCGCUGCAUCUCGCUGGCUGGAGUAUGUGGUCACCAAGCCCAAGCUCCGCAAGCGGCGGAGAGGUGGUCGCGGUCAUGAUGAGAGCGAUGGCGACAGUGGAGACGACGGCAGCGGUUUCGGGGGCAGCGGAGGCAACUGGGGCAACGGAGGCCACGGGGACUGGAGCUCCUACAGCGGGGGUGACGCAUUCGGGCAAUGGGCCCAGUACGAGUUGGGGUGGCUGUGGCCCUUGAUAGUGGCAGCGUCCGUGCUUCACUCGCUGGGCUACAUCAUGACAUCGACGGACGACAUGCGGCGGUCGCGCAUCCGGUCCUGUUCGAUGGCUAGCCGCUGAACGGCUCCAUCAUCGUGUUUAGGGUUUGAUGGUCCGAUGGCUGAACAACUGUAGCAUAAGCAUAGUGUAGCGUGCCAGCACACGUGUGACUCGCUCUACAUAGCAAUUGCCCUCGUGUUGCGCGGGGCAAUGAUUAGGCUGGAUGUUUGUGCGUGGUAGGCGCCAAGCCACGCAGCAAGGGCUGCCGCGACCCGAGCAUCCUUGCAAGGUUGGGUUGGGGUUUGGCUUUGCAAUCGCAGUUUUUUGCAAUACGGACAUGCCAUUUUACGAGGACUGCGAGCAAGGGCGCGCAACAUGCCCGUGUAUUGGCGGCGUGCCUGUCGGUAGUGGCUGGUGCGGAUAGCGGCACCCCUAUAGUUUGAACGUUUUUGGUGUUGAGCAGCGCUAAAUUCUUAGCUGCAUUGCAGUAUGUAUUUUAUUUCAUGGCUUGUUGAUGGUGCGCUCCGGCGUGCCCAUGAGGGCAAGCAUUCGUGUUGUACACUAAGGGCUGCUGGACAGUUGGGAUUGGGCGUCGGCGGUCGGGCGGGAGCGGCUGUCAGGUCUUGGUGCAGCCCCACAUUUUGGCACCCCGGGCCACUGCACACAUGCAAUUCGGUGGGCAAAGAUGGACGAAGGGUACAAGAAAUGUAGUUGUACGUGAGGUAUUGCAUGGCAAUGACUCGGUUGGCCGACGGGUAGCACGAGCGGAACGGAAUGUGCUGCUGCGAAGGGAGAGUUCACAGGCCCGUGGAGGGCACAUAUUAGGACAUGCAGAUGUAACGAUCGAUGCGA